AAAGAAAAUUUGCCUUCUCGGUGGCCUCCUUAUGUGGAAGUAGCGCCACCCUUUGUUAACCUAGAAGUAAAGUACACCCAAACGGACGUGUUCCAGCACCGCCAAACGGCUCAAACUGCUCACAGUCAGGGACUCAGAGUCGCUCACACUGGUCCGGUGCUCCCUCAGAAUCCCUACAUGGCAAUUUUCCAUUCAAAUCUUGAAGAGACGAAAAUUUACUUGCUAACUUUGAGCUAAGCGGCACCUGACCCAGUCUUUUCCUGCAUUUUCUUGGCGUCCAAACGGGGUACAAGUUUCACACUUCAACAGCUGCAUGUAAUUCUGGGAAAAUGAAAAGUUGAAGGAAGAUUGUUUUCGAAUUAUAAUAUGGAUAAGCUAUUAGAGUUUGGAAGAAAAGCGCUAUUCUAUGCGAGGGUUCUUUCCGGAUAUGAAGAGCGGAGAAUCCGAGCAUUCAGGUUGCAGCUUGAGAAGCGUAUGCAGCAGGCACAAGAAAGGAAGGCAUCCUUAAGAAGGAUUCCAGAGCAGGCUAUUUUAGCAGAGGUUCGACGUAUGGUUCAGGAGAUGCAAACUUUAAACAAGAAGCUUGAAGAGACCGAAGCGGCUAUUGAAGAGUACUUCAAGCCAAUUGACAAAGAAGCUGAGAUCCUUAUGAAAAUGAAACUUGAAGGAGAGGAGAAGACAUUGAAGGAGAUGAUGAAAACCAUGCAUCAACAGGCUUCACUCGAAAAGGGUGAAGCAGAAAAAAACUCGACUAUACAUCAGGCUGAUAUUAAACAGCACAACUAGGACCAAGCAUCCACCAAAACUCCUCACCAAACUCAAAUGAGAUGAUUCUGUGUAACAAUGAAAAUAUGGAUUGACAUGUUUUUGUAAUAAUGUGUUUCGUUUUUUGCUCUCUUUAGGUGUGUUACUGGUAUUUGAUAAUCUGUAUCCACCCCAACGGUUUAAAUCAGUAUUUUUGGAUGUCA